UGAUGCAAGGAAGAGUUGAUGAAGAAGAGGAGAAAAAAGAGAAUUAAAAAGGAAGGAAGGAGGGAGGACUGAUGAGUAGCUCUUUCUCCUCCUCUUAUAAUAGAUGGCAAAUGGCAAAUGAAAACUGAAGUGAUGGAAAGGAAUAAAGAUUGGUGAAUAAAAACACAGGGGGCCAGACCCCAUCCUAGACUACUUUUCUGCAGGCGCCUCUGUGACGUGUCGCGACGAAUCGAGCAUUCCUUUUUGAUCUCUUCAUCCUCACCUUCUUCCUUACCUUCACCACCUUCACAACCACCUCCUGUCAGAUACAAUGCUCGAAUACCAUAUUGACUUUCAGGGCCAGAGCCUUGCAGAACAGAUUACUCAGGUCGUCAUCUCUGCAUUCGGGGUCCUCGGUUUCUUGGUCGGGAUCGUGCUGCAGGAUAUUCGGCUCACGCUCUACAUAUUUGCUGCUGGAGUCGUCUUGGCCGGCUUGCUGAUAAUCCCUGCAUGGCCAUAUCUCAACAAGGACCCAACCAAAUGGCUCCCAAGCAGGGCAAAGGCCGCAGCUACAGCACUGAAACAACGACAGGAGGCGUCUUCAACAGACAACAAAGGGAAAUCGACAUAAGGAGCGUCCUCAGUUGCCCGCAGAAACGAAGGACAAUAUCGUUUUUAUUCGUCUCAAACAAAAUAUAUCCAUUGGUUCAUGCAGCCGAUAUCUGAGCUGCCCUAUUGCCGGUAGUACUCUCUCUUUCCCUCUCUUGAGAAAUUCGCGGGAUCGUAUUCGAUCAGGAGACGAUAGUCGGCGAGAAAUAAUAAAUAUCGAGUCAU